AUGACGUCGACCUCAAAGAAGCAGGUGGGGGCAUACAAGAAACAUCGCGAGAUCAUGCGACGCACUCAGAUAUUCCAUGGAGAACUCGUGAUUGAUGACCCCAAGUUUUCGGCGCACUCUCCAGCUCUCAACGUCUACUGCGUGCAAGGCUUAAAAGUGGCAGAUCUGUCUAUUGUUCCUGAGAUUGUCGUGGCUAACACCGAGAACACGGCACUGCUGGUAAGAGAGAAGGCGGUGAGCAUCAUUCUGAGAGAACUUGGUUUGUUGGGAGAAGGUGAUCCCGAGACUGAACACAACUGA